CGCUGCGCAAGCGGGGCCGGCCCUGGGGCGGAAAAGAGGGCAGAUCCCAGGAAAUCGGUUAAUGAAAGACCAACACCGGCAGCGGGUCGAUCGCUGCGGUUCCCCGGGGUCAGGCAGGCCCCUGCCACAGGGAUGAGGCUCCUGUUAGCCCUCUGCCUGGGCCUGGUGGCCCUGGCUGCUGCCAGCCAGUCCCCGCUGCAGCGGCGGGUGGUGAAGGAGGUGCUGGACUAUUUCCACGGGCGCAGCAGCGUGCAUUUCCUCUUCAAGGAGCAGGCGGUGGAAGGGGCCGUCGAGCGGGAAGACUCCUCAGGAACCUUUGUCCAGCUGCGGGUCAACCUGGUGCAGACGGCCUGCAGCAAGCGGGCACUGCGCCGGCAGAACUGCAGGGUCCUGGAGAACCGGAGGAAGCCAACCUGCCUGGCUUGCUACAAGUUUGACAGCAGUGAUGUCUCCAAGGUGCUGGACAAGUACCACAACUGCGGCCCCAGCCAUCACCUGGCAGUGAAGGAGAUCAAGCACCGGGACGAGGCUGAGUGCCGGGCAGUGGAGGAGGCCGGCAGGGGCGGGGAUGCGCUGUACCUGCCUGGGAUGUAUGCCUUCUCCAAGGGCCUGCCGGCCUAGGCCCCAACCCCUCACGGUCGCCGCCACCCUGAGGACACGGACGCCACCCUGGGGUCCCCCCGCUUGCCGCCCUCCAGCACUGCGUGACCGCAGGACACCCCUUGCCCACCACAACUCAGCAGUAAACCCGGCUCUGGCUCC